AUGCCACCCCGCAAAAGAAGUGCACCUACCGCCGACGCUUCAGAAGAAGCUGCGCCAAAACGGCGAUCCCUUCGGCAAGCGGCCAAAGGCAAUCCCGAGCCUGAGGCGCCUCCCCCAGCCAAAGCAAGCCCGCCAAAGAAGGGUGCCAAGGCGACCAAUGUGAAGAAGCAAGAGAAACCCAAGGUACCAGCAAAGACUGAAGAGCCCGAAGCGCCAAAAGUCAAGAAGACGGCCAAGAAACAGGAACCUUCUCAAUCCAGCUCUCGUGGCGUCUCCGAAGAUCCAGAUAUCGACUCGAUCCCGACGAUCAAUCCUGAUGCCCCGAAGCACGAUGGCCAGUGGUACUGGCUCAUGAAAGCCGAGCCUGAGACUCGCAUUGAGAAUGGAGUUGAUGUCAAGUUUUCUAUUGAUGACUUGAAGGCAAAGACGGAACCUGAAGGAUGGGAUGCCCGGAAUAACAUGAGAAACAUGAACGCCGGUGACCUCGCCUUCUUCUACGCCAGCAACUGCAAAGAACCCGGCAUAGUCGGCAUAAUGGAAAUCGUCAAAGAAUUCUCCGAAGACAGCAAGUCCCCUGCCACGUCACCCCAUGUCCCUUAUCUAACAUCACCAGGAUCUGCUCGCCGACCAGGCGCACCAUACUACGAUCCCAAGUCUACGAAGGAGAAACCUAUAUGGGACCUGGUCCACGUCGAGUUUAGAAAGAAGUUUGCGGUGCCUAUUGGUUUGAAGGAACUUCGUGAGCUGGGUAAACCUGGUGGCCCUCUGGAGAUGAUGCAGUUGCUUAAGCAGUCGAGAUUGAGCGUGAGUAAAGUUAGUGGUGAGGAGUGGAUGUUUCUGUGUGAGCUUGCGGAUGAGAAGGCCAAGGAUGCUGGGCUGAAGCAUGAUGAGGGUAAGAGACAAUGA